GACAUACGAGCUUCCUGUUCCAUUUUUAACACCUACCCUCCCAGUUGAACUGAUCACUUCACACAGAGAGCAGAAGGAAGAACUACUGAGUGGUGUGCAAAGGUGUAAUAUUCACUCAAGGACUCAGGAACAUUGCUUUUUCUCAAAAAGCCGACAUGAACAACACCACUGAGGAGGCGGUGGAGCCACAGCCAGUCUAUGCUGUGCUCUUUGGCUGCAUCUUGGCCCUUGGUCUGCCUCUCAACGCUGUGUCUCUGUGGAUUCUGCUUCGCCACCACAGCCUCAAGUCACCCAGCGCUGUCUUCAUGGUCAACCUGGCAAUCUCAGACCUGCUGCUCGUCAUCUCCUUGCCUAUGAGGAUCUAUGUCUACGCAACAGGUUACUGGCCUUUAAGCAACACAGCGUGCCUCAUUACAGCGGCAUUCUUUUACACCAACAUCCGCUCUAGUUCUAUCUUCAUCACCUUCAUCAGCGUGGACCGGCUGCUGGCUGUAGUUUAUCCUCUGAGGUCACGGCAUCUUCGAACCUCAACCAACGCCUGGAAAGGUGCUGGACUCAUUUGGCUGAUUUUGUUGGUGCUGACUAUCUCAGUGAUGGUCAAUCUUUCAGGACAACCACCACACAACCACACCUGUUUUGUACCACAUGAUGCAAAUGAUACUGAUCCUGAAAUAUCACCAGCUGAUUAUCUUGAUCCUGUGGUGGUGUCCAUCCUGCUGGCAGUCAACGUUGUGUGCACUGCUAUGGUGUUGUGGACUCUACGCAGUCAUCUCAGUGACUCUGCAAAGGUCAAGAACAAGUUGAAUGUAAUGCUGAUUUUUGUGCUGAAUUUGGUCAUAUUCACCAUAUGUUUCUUACCUCUGUCAAUUAGUUUGAUUACAGUUCGUGACCGUUUGCCAAUGAUAUGUCUUGCUGCUGUGAACUGUUGCCUGGAUCCACUGUUAUAUUACUUUUCCUUCGAUGCCUUCUGGAAGAAAAAAGAAGAUGUGGAACUAUCAUGAGAACAGUACAAAAAGAAUAUAUUUACAUGAGGUGGUGUCAGAUCGCCAAUGGGAUGUUGUGGGUUUCCUAUUUUCCUGCAAAAUAUGGGGCAUGGGAUGUAUAUUUGGUUACAAGCUAGACUAUGUGAUGUUUUUACAUUUGUCUGCACUUUAAAGGUGUCCCAAAGUCUAUAACGUGACCCUGCAAAAUCUCGAAGAUGUAAUUUUUAAAAUUUUUUUUUGUUUUUUAAAGAUGUUGGAAAACAAAUUUUUUUCCUUCUUUUUUUUUAUUCAGUUUUCUUCAGCUGCGUAUGGGUUCUUAUUUAUUGUACAGACAUGACUGAUCUUCUCAUCAUUUACCAGAAGGUAAAAAGGCCUUUCACAUGGUUUAUCAUGAUGCAUUUAAUACUAGUGCUAAGUAUACUCCUCUUCACUCUAUACUACUGUUGGUGGUUGUCCCUCUCUGUAAUUGAUUCAAUCUUAACUUUAAGGCAAAUCAGUUUUUGAAUGUAAUGUUCUUUUACUUCUGUCUAUUCAUUUGUUUUCAGAUCUUAAAUGCUUUAAUUAUUGCUUUUUAUUACUUUACUAAAUUAGCUUUUUAAUACUUUUAUUGUCGUUGUUAUCCAAGUUUCUAACUUGUGUGUAAAACCUUUAGUUUUUUUUACUUGACUGCACUGUACAUGAGGCCUCCACACUUCAGUGUAUUCCAAGUUUUAAUAAAGGUUGAAAAUAAUGUUUAGCCAUUUGUU